GAUCGUGCCCCGUCAUAGUCAUCGUCUUCCACACUUCACAAUUCUCACUAGGGUUUACGGAACUACAGAGGCAUCGGCCGGUUUCGGAUAGGCUCCGCACCUUUCAGAGCCUCGAGGACCUCGCCACCGCCGUUGAGGAUUGUGAUUCAUGAGAGUGUGGCUGUAUGGCGAACUAUUCGGGAAAAGGAGGCCCUGCAAAUGGUUCUGUCUAUGUCUGCAACUUGCCGGAGGGCACUGAUGAAAAUAUGCUUGCCGAAUAUUUCGGUACCAUCGGCUUGUUGAAGAAAGACAAGCGAACAGGUGGACCGAAAAUUUGGUUAUACAGGGACAAAGUGACAGAUGAGCCAAAGGGAGAUGCUACUGUAACAUAUGAAGAUCCACAUGCUGCAUUCGCGGCUGUUGAGUGGUUUAACGACAAGGAGUUUCAUGGUAAUGUCAUUGGGGUUCAUAUAGCAGAGUCGAAAAGAGACGACCAGACGUAUAACCCUGGGCUUGAUGUAACCUCUACUGGUGUUGAUCCAAGUUAUGGCGGAGUAGAGGAAAAUGCUGAGGACAUGAAUGGGGCUGGCGGUAAAGGCCCGGGUGAUGUUCCUGGGAAAGCAUGGCAACAGGAUGGAGACUGGACGUGUCCGAAUACAAGUUGUGGCAAUGUCAAUUUUGCAUUCCGUGGUGUGUGCAACCGCUGUGGAAGUGCUCGACCAACUGGUGCUUCUGGGGGUGGGUCAGGGGGUGGUGGUCGUGGGAGGGGCCGUGGGGUUGACUCUGGUGGCCGUGGUGGUCCUGUUGGUGCUCCUACAGGGGGACUCUUUGGUCCGAAUGAUUGGCCUUGUCCAAUGUGUGGCAACAUUAACUGGGCAAAGCGUACGAAAUGCAAUAUAUGCAACACAAAUAGACCUGGUCACAAUGAGGGUGGUGUAAGAGGAGGGCGUGGUGGGGGUUACAAAGAACUUGAUGAAGAAGAGCUGGAGGAAAUCAAGCGACGCCGGCGGGAGGCUGAAGAAGAUGAUGGAGAGAUGUAUGAUGAGUUUGGCAACCUGAAGAAAAAAUUUCGAGCUAAAACAUCACAGCAAGCUGAGACUGGACGGGCUCUUCCAGGUGCUGGGCGUGCUGGAUGGGAGGUUGAGGAAAUAGGUGUUGUUGAUAGAGAUGGCAGAGAAAGAAAUAGAGAUAGAGGAAGGGAACGUGAUGAUAGAGCGGGCAGCAAGAACAGGGAAAGGGAUGAUAGGGAUAGGCGUCGGAGUCGAAGCAGAGAAAGGGAUAGGGCGAGAGAUCGACCUCGAGAUUAUGAUCGGGAGAAAGAAUAUGGGCGGGAGAGGGACCGGGAUAGGGAUCGGAACAGGCACCGUUAUUGAACUUUAUCAAACAGUUCCUACUUUUUGGUUCCAUCUUUCUUUUGAGACCCUAGCGGUUAAUGUUUCCUCUUUUGGGGGAGGGCAUUUGCUUUGAACAUUUCCUUGGCCUCUAGAGCUGGUCAGAUAGGGUUCUGACCAUAUGGGGGGCGGCUCGUGUUAAGUUUGAUUUGAAUGUUUCCUUGGCCUCUGGAGCUAGUUGGAUAGUAUUCUGACCAUAUGGGUCUGCUCUUUCCCAUGUUACUAUUCUUCAGACCUUGAUCUGCAUUUGCAUGCUAUUGGAAUUUUGUUGAAUAUUGUUUGACAUUAUGAAUAUUAAUUCUC